AAACCUAAAUUUUAGAAACGGGGUUUAUCGAGGGUUCUCUCCUUCAUUUUCCCACGUACUGGCCACUCUUAACUACCCACUUCACUGCUCACUUCUCUCUCUCUCUCUCUCUCGCUCUCUCUCUCUCUCAGUGCGUGUGUGUUUAUGUGGGUGGAUGUGCGUGUGUCAAGGAUGAGCUUGGUCUCCGUUCAAUACAACCAGCAGCCAUGAUUCUACCGUCCCAACCCCAACACCUCCGCCUCUCUACUUGCCACCGCCAUCCGUCCAAACCCAUUACCGGUUUCUGCGCCUCCUGCCUCCGCGAACGCCUCGCCGGCAUUAACCCUGACACCCACCAGGAAACCCCCAUCACCUACCUCGCUGCUGACCUCCGUCGCAGCAAAUCAUUUUCAAGCAGCUCAAAUCCCAAUGCCUCCUCCAGCUCCACUAGUACCACAAACACCUCCGAGCCCCGCCGGAAGUCCUGCGAGAUAAGGGCUCGAAACUCUCUCUCCGAUCUCUUUCAUCUUGAUGACAAGAGAAGAUACAGCUUGAAUAGGAAGCCAAAGGGUUUGGCUUUGGGACUUGAAUUGAAAGAAGACGUGGAAAAUGGGGUUGAAAUUAGGAUUUCAGAGGAGGUUUCUGCACCAAAUGUGAAUGCUACUGGAAGAAACAUAGACGAUUUUGAAGAGGAUGGAGAGUUUAAGACAAUGAAGGAAUUUAUAGAUCUUGAAUGGGAGCGAAAGAAAAAUGCAGGUAGAGAUUUAAGGGACAUUGCAGGGAGUUUUUGGGAGGCAGCUUCCGUAAUUAGGAAGAAUUUAGUGAAAUGCCAGCUAAAGCAGAAGAAAGACAAGAAGGAAAAGAAACAUGUUAUUGUUGAUGGUGGAGAUGGUAAUUUGGUAGUAGAUGUUGAGAAGCAGAGUGUCAGAAGAUUAAGAGAGACCCAAUCGGAGAUUGGAGAGUACGGGUUUGGGAGGAGAUCUUGUGAUACUGACCCAAGAUUAACAGUUGAUGUGGCUAGGCUGUCUGUUGAUGAUGCACGGUAUUCUUUUGAUGAGCCCAGGGCUUCCUGGGAUGGGUAUCUGAUUGGCAAAACAUACCCACGGCUUGCUCCAUUGGUUUCUGCUAUAGAUGAUUCGAAGUUACCUGCUAAUGGGAUUGAGAAUCUGAAAGAGAAUGUGGACUUGAAGAAUGAAAGGAAGAGUAGCCCUGGAGGCACCGCUCAGACUAGGGAUUAUUACUCUGACAGGAGGAGGAGGAGUUUUGAUCGCCUAGGUUCAAAUAGGAGACUGACAUUAGGGGAUGAUGAACUCAAAUCAAUAUCCAAUGCCAUGGUGUCUCCUGAAACGGUUGGGUUAUUCCAUGGGGCAAAGUUGUUGGUCACAGAGAAAGAAUUGAGGGAUUCAAAUUGGUAUUCACUUAAAGAUUAUCAUGCAGGGAGUACAGAUGCUUUUUCUAAGGACGUGGAUUCUGUUGCUGGCAGGAUUAGCAAAAAGGGAUUCAAAUUCAGGAAGUUGCAGAGGUGGCGUAGCGUGUUGAAUGUUUGGGCUUUGAUGCAGCGGAGGGUUGAGGGCAAAUGUGGGAACGAGGAAAGCAGUAUUGGUGGAAAUGCGGUAGAUAGGCCAGUAGCAGAGUCUUGGCAUGAGUUGGGAGGGGUGGCCAAUGUGGAGGCAAAUGGGACUGUUAGCCAGAAGCUUAUAAGGAGUUACACUGUUAGUGCUAGGGAUUCCAGCAAAAUGGCUUGUGGCGCGAGUGGCAUUGAGACCACAGAAAAUGGUAUGGGGAGAAGAGAAGAGCUCGUGCUGCAGCGAAACCGGAGUGCAAGGCAUUCUCCAAACAACCCGGAUAACGGCUUGUUGAGAUUCUACUUGACUCCACUGAGGAGUUAUGGAAGAAGCAAAUCUGGAAAGACUAGGCUAAAGAAUUCACAAUCUAUGGCAAGGAAUGUUCUGUAAAGGUGCAUUAAUUGUUCUUUAAUGGAAUGUGAUGUUGUAAAGACAUGACUUAAUGUGUUUUUCCUGGUUCAAUACAUAAGAACACAUCAUAUUUAUCA